AUUGUGAAGCAUAGUAGGUGUAGUGCUAUCACGGUCUGUCUAUUGUGAGCCAGGGCUUGCGUCCUGAACUCCCCUCAAUUCUUUGCAACACGUGACGCUAAAAUGCUGGGCAUGAAGCUUUCGCCUCGCCAUGUGAGCUCGCGGGCCAAGCCGGCGCCGGCGAUGCGCGGUCGCAAGGUUUGCGUCUCGGUGAACGCGGCAGCCCCCAAGAUGGGCCAGGUUAAGAAGGUGGUGCUGGCCUACUCGGGCGGCCUGGACACCUCCAUCAUCCUCAAGUGGCUGCAGGACACCUACGGCUGCGAGGUGGUCACCUUCACCGCCGACCUGGGCCAGGGCGAGGAGCUGGAGCCUGCCCGCGCCAAGGCCGAGAAGAUGGGCGUCAAGCAGAUCUUUAUUGACGACCUGCGCGAGGAGUUCGUGCGCGACUACGUGUUCCCCAUGUUCAGGGCCAACGCGCUAUACGAGGGCACCUACCUGCUGGGCACCUCCAUUGCGCGCCCGCUCAUCGCCAAGCGCCAGAUCGAGAUCGCCAAGGAGGUGGGCGCCGACGCCGUGUCGCACGGCGCCACCGGCAAGGGCAACGACCAGGUCCGCUUCGAGGUCGGCUACUACUCGCUGAAGCCCGAUAUCAAAGUGAUUGCGCCCUGGCGCGAGUGGGACCUGCUGUCGCGCACCAAGCUGAUCGAGUACGCGGAGCAGAACAACAUCCCCGUGCCCGCGUCCAAGCGCGGUGAGCCUCCGUUCUCCAUGGACGCCAACCUGCUGCACAUCAGCUACGAGGGCAACGCGCUGGAGGACCCCUGGACCACCCCCGACGAUUCCAUGUUCACCCGCUCUGUGUCGCCCGAGAAGGCGCCGGACCAGCCCACCACCAUUGAGAUUGCCUUUGAGAAGGGCAACCCGGUGGCCAUUGACGGCGUGCCCAUGAGCCCCGCCACCAUCCUCACCAAGCUCAACGAGCUGGGAGGCCAGAACGGCAUUGGCCGCGUGGACCUGGUGGAGUCGCGCUUCGUGGGCAUGAAGUCGCGCGGCGUGUACGAGACCCCCGGCGGCACCAUCCUGCAGGUGGCGCACCGCGGCAUGGAGUCCAUCUGCCUGGACCGCGAGGAGCUGCACAUGAAGGACGACCUCAUGCCCCGCUACGCCCAGCUGGUCUACAACGGCUUCUGGUUCAGCCCCGAGCGCGAGGCGCUGCAGGCGCUUGUCGACAAGACCCAGGAGUACUGCACCGGUGUGGUCAAGGUGAAGCUCUACAAGGGCAACGUGCAGGUGCAGGGUCGCAAGUCGCCCUACUCGCUGUACGACAAGGUGAUUGCCUCGUUCGAAGACGACAAGGGCCUGUACAACCAGGCCGACGCCGGCGGCUUCAUCAAGCUGCAGGCACUGCGCCUGCGCACCCUGGGCGUCAACCGCUACAAGAAGAUCUAAUGAUACGACCCGGGAAGUGGAUCCAACCUGCAAGUGUGGGUUCUAGGAGCGUUUGUCCAGUUCCAUAUGCCUGGCCUGGAGCUUGAACGUGCGGUGAUUCGUUGACAGCAUUAGUGGCUGUGCGCGUGAUACGCGAGCGUUUACAAACAUGAGUUGAAUCUGUUAGGGGCCCUGCGGACCUUAACCGUAAGUGACAAUCACUGUCGAUAGGGACGUGUGGUGUGGACAUGACCAGUGUGAAUGAACUUAUUCCGGACGAAUUCUGCCGACCUCGCUGUGGGCACUGCCCCGUACGCAAUGUCGUGUAAGCCAGUAUCAUU